AUGCCUGGCAUCGUCCGCAAUGGGCGUAAACGGCCCUCACCAGAGGCACCCGAAUACGAUUCAGACUCAGACCUCCCCACGCCUGUCUCUGUGAACGGCAACAAACGCGCUCGCUACGCCCGCGACGCGUCUGGCAGUCCCUCUCCGACGAAUGGCAACCGCAGCCGCCACAAUGUCUCAGCGAACGGCAUUUACGAUAACGAUGUUUUUCAACCCGGUUCGAUCGUACGGGUCAAGCUCACGAACUUCGUCACAUACACCGCCGCCGAGUUCCACCUGGGUCCCAGUUUGAACAUGAUCAUUGGUCCAAAUGGAACGGGCAAGAGUACACUUGUCUGCGCGAUUUGCUUGGGUCUCGGAUGGUCGUCGAAUCUCUUGGGAAGAGCCAAGGAGAUGAGCGAGUUCGUCAAGCACGGUGCGGACGAAGCUACGAUCGAGAUCGAAUUGGCUAAAGCGGAGGGCAUGCGUGCAAACCCAGUUGUCACGCGAACACUGCGUAGAGCCGACAACAAGAGUGUCUUCUUCCUUGACGGCAAGCACGCGAACAAGAACGCUGUCAUGGACAUGUGCAAGCGCUUCUCCAUCCAGAUCGACAAUCUGUGCCAGUUCUUGCCACAAGAUCGAGUCGUCAAAUUUGCCGAGAUGGCGGACACAGAGCGACUUAAGGCGACUUUGGAUGCGGCAGCUCAUCCCCAAAUGAGCGAGUGGCACAAUCUACUCAAGACCUUUCGCGAACAAGAGAAAGAGCUUGAGAUAAAGCGGCACGCCGAUUCAGAACAUCUCAAGAAGCUGGAGGCUCUUCAGAACACGACGCGAGGUGACGUCGAACGAUGGAACCAGCGUCAGCAGCUUGCGACAAAAGCGGCAGCCCUCGAGAAGGCACGGCCAGUGAUACAGUUGAGGAUACGCAAGAACGAGUUCGCCCGAUUGAAGGAGGACGCCGAACAAGCGAACCGAGAGCUGGCUGAGCUACAAGCCGAAGUCGAGCCCACCAGACAAGCGGAAGCGGAUGCACAGUUUUAUCAUGAUCAGGCCAAGCAGGUCGUGCAGCGCCGUAAGCAGAUGAUGGACAUGAUCAAGAAGCAGGCAGAGAAGAAAGCACAGGCAAUUGGUGCGGAGAACAAGAACAUUCAAGUAUUCAAGGACCAGAUUACCGGCGAAAUUCGCUCCAAGCAGGGUCGCCAACAGGACUUUGCUCGUCUCACGAAGAAGAUCGCAGAUCUCGAGCGGAAACGAUCGGAACAACCUGUCGAAUAUGAUGAAACUUCGUUCCGACAACGUAAAGAGGAGUUGCGCCAAGAGACCUCAAUAGCGGAUCGUCAGAUUACCGAGCUGCGAAGUGCAAUGUCGGCCAUAUCAGCUGAGAUUGGAGACUUCACUGCACAGAGGAAGUCGGUUCAACAACAACGGGAGCGCCUUGACACACAAAGCGGCAAACAAGCCAGUCUACUCCAGAAGCUCUCCCCCCACACGGCCCAGGCAUGGGAGUGGUUCCAAAAUAACAAGGCGCAAUUGCCUUUGAGAGGCGAGGUCUAUGGACCACCAAUCUUGACAUGCUCGCUCACAGACACCAAGUACGCAGAUGCUGUAGAAAGCCAGGUGAGAUUGGGUGACGCCGUUGCCUUCACGUUCACGAAUAAGGACGACCAACAGCUUCUGCUCCAUGAGUUCACGAGUAAGGACAAGCUUGGUCUGCACAAUGUCUAUCUCAGGACUUCGCCGAAGCCAUUGUCUGCCUUUCCUCCCCCCGUUCGUGACGCAGACCUGCCACGGUAUGGAUUCGAAGGCUAUCUCCGCGAUUACAUCACCGGACCUGAGCCGGUUAUUGCGAUGCUUUGCGACAACGUUAAACUCAACAAAGUUGCGUAUGCUGCAAAGUCGAUUACCGAGCGGCAACAUGCAGAGGCAUCGAGUAGUCCGAUUCAGGCGUGGGUCAGCGGUCGAGAAACGUACAGAAUCACCACGCGCCGAGAGUAUGGCGUUUCUUCUACCUCCGUUAACCAUCUCAAGAGGGCAUCUUUCUUUGUGGACCAGCACGUCAACUCAGACGAAAAGAUGCGACUUGACGAACAGCUACGCAAGAUGGAACGCGAAGGUCAAGAUAUGGUCAGUAAGCAUAAAGCAGCAAAGACUGAAGUUCUGCGGCUCGAGGAUGAGGUCAAGGCUUUGAAAAACCAGAGGGACGGCAUCGUGAAAGAGGAAGCCCAAAUCAAGAAGGCCAGGGCCGAAUGGGCUGCUCUUCCCCGUCAGAUCGAGCAAAAUAAGACCGAGUUGCAAGAGUAUACCGAUCUCAAUGCACAAACGAGCAACCGCAUUCGGGACAUCAAGGCUCAGUCACGACAAUGUUCGCUGAAGACCGCUGGCCUUGCUCUAGAUUAUGCUAAAUCCGUCACUGAGUUCCGUCGCCACCACGAGACUGUCGUUGAGGCGGAGAUCCGUCUGAUCGAAGCUGCUUCGGAAGUCCGGGCUUUCGAGAAAGAGAACAAACAAAUCUUAGAGCGCCUCCGGUCAAGAGAGACGCAAGUCCAGCAGCUGGAGCAGGCUAAGGCUGACAUGAAACGAGCACUCAAAGUAGAGCAAGGCGCUGCUCAAAGACUGCUCAACGAACUGACACCAGAAGAGCACUCAAUCGUUGUUGAGUACAAGGACCUCGAAACCGUUGCUCUGCUCGAGGACGAAAUCCAAUCGGUCAGUGCUAGGCUCGAUAUGAUGUCUGGAGGAGAUAGUUCCGUGGUUAGGACGUACGAGAAUCGCGAAAUUGAGAUUCAAAAGACGAAGGAGUCUUUGGAGAAGCACGUCGCAGCCCUGGAAGAGGCGCAGGCCAAGAUUGAAGAGAUCAAGGGUCCCUUCGAGAAUCAGCUAGAUGAGCUCAUUGAGAAGAUCAGCGGCGCUUUCUCAUAUAACUUUGCGCAGAUUGGCUGUGCCGGCGAGGUCUCGGUUUACAAGGACAAGGACGACUUUAAUGCCUGGUCCAUUCAGAUCUACGUUCGCUUUCGUGAGGGCGAAAGCAUGUCCGUGCUCAAUGCCAAUCGUCAGUCAGGUGGUGAGCGUGCUGUCUCAACGAUCUUCUACCUCAUGGCUCUCCAAGACCUUGCGCGAGCACCGUUUCGCGUUGUCGACGAGAUCAACCAAGGUAUGGAUCCACGUAACGAGCGUAUGGUUCACGAACGGAUGGUCGAUAUCGCUUGUCAAGAGCGUACAAGCCAAUACUUCCUCAUCACACCAAAGCUAUUGACAGGCUUAAAAUUCCAUCACAAAAUGAGGGUUCAUGUCAUCAACAGCGGUGAACACGUCCCGAAGAGUACGACCUCGAAGGAUGAGUGGAACCUCAAAGAGCUGGCGAAGAUCGCGCUUGCAGUUAGAGGGCGUGUUAGUGCUGCUGCCUAA